GCGACGCCACAUCAAGAGCAAAAAAAGGUAUAGCUCGCGCAGAAAGAAAGUGGACUUUGCAGUCCACGUGAUCACAGCGAAUGGACGGUUCAGGUUAUGUUCUCCUCCGCGUGUUUUUACUUCACGAUUGAAACACAAUGUCGGCUGUCGUGGGCAAAAUUUCCGGCCACAGUGAUGGUAAUUGCAGCAAUUUCAAAUCUGAGCUGAGAGGUGAUCGCCAGAUUCAUUAUCGCCGGGGAGGCUUCAAACGCCGUUUUGAGCAAUCCCCGCGGGAAAAUGUGAAGAAGAACAAGUUGGACGUCGGCAACAGGCUGAAAGAAUCAGAUUUAGGCAUUACGGAAUACAUCGGCGACAGCGUUGGCUUCUCCGCAAUAAUCAAGGAAAGAUAUACCGAUUUCCAUGUCAACGAGGUUGAUCUCAAUGGACAAGUGGCCAAGCUGACCCAUCAAGACAUUCCACGGGAACCAGAAGAUGACGAGGACAUUGAAGAUCUUAAAAAGUCGAUACCAUCAGCAAUAUGGGACCAAGUGCAAACUUUAAAGGACGACUCCUCUUCUUCAGACGUAGAGAUUGAUGUGACGAGCCUGAAUAAGUCUGCACGCAAGGCUAUUCAUACGGUCGUGAAGAAACUAUUGAACGUUAUCAGUCAGACGGUAAAUAAAGACGACAAGAAAUUUAUCACCAUUGUGAUGAAUAGCAAAAACAAUAAGACCGUUAAGAAAAUGCACAGAGACAACAGGAUAGAUUGGAAGAGACGCGGUGGCGAUUACUGCCACUUCCUGCUGCUGAAAGUGAACAUGGAUACGAUGGAUGUGUUAAAUCAGUUGGCCGCAAGGCUGCGAACACGCCCGGACAAUUUCAGCUACGCCGGUACGAAAGAUCGUCGCGCGUGGACGACUCAGUGGGUGAGUUUGAGGAAGGUACAUCCCAGCGACAUAUUGAGAACGGGUAAAACUAUACGCGGCGUAUAUGUAGGAAACUUUAAGUACGCCAAAUACAGCCUAAAAUUAGGCAUGUUACAUGGCAAUCAAUUUAGAAUAGCACUGAGAGACGUACGCGGGUCGGACGAAGAGAUCGAGCGAGCGAUGACAUCGUUGCGCGAUAACGGCUUUAUUAAUUACUACGGUUUGCAAAGAUUCGGUACGGUGGCUGCUAUACCUACGCAUGAGAUUGGAAAGUGUCUGCUUCAAGGCAAAUGGCACGAAGCGAUAGAACUGAUAUUGAAACCACGGGAGGGAGAGCGAGACGAAGAAUUGGCGGAGGCUAGGCAGAUUUACGCGGAAACUAAAAACGCUUGUGCCGCUUACGCCAAGAUCAAGAGAGUCGAUAAGAUCGAGGCCAGACUUUUGAAAGGGCUGUGGAUAUCGGGCAACAAGGAUCCUAUAGGCGCGCUUGACUCCAUUCCUAGAAACAUUCGAUUGAUGUACAUGCACGCCUACCAGAGCUUCGUUUGGAAUCGCAUCGUAUCGAGAAGAAUCAAACGGUUCGGUGCGGACGUGAUCGUGGGCGAUUUGGUUUAUGAGAAACAAUGUUGCAAGGAGACGACGGAUUACUCUCUGGAUGGUACUAACGACCUUAAAGACGAGAGCGAUGUUGCCUCUACCGAAGAAAAGAAUGCGGACAAAGGAACCGAGGAAAAGUUGGAAUUGGCUAAAACGAGCGACGGUUUAACGGAGGAGCACGAAGACGCGCACGAUCUUCCCGCGGUGAAAGUUCUCACGGAAAAGGAUUUGCCAAACUACACUCUGGCUGAUGUUAUUAUGCCUCAGCCUGGGUGGAAAGUUACAUACCCGCUGUACGCUAAGCCUUGGUUCGACGAAUUCUUAGUCAAGGACGGAUUAACGACCGAUCUCAAGCAGAAAAAUAAGAAGUACAGUUUAGGUGGUUCCUACAGAACAAUAUUAGGAAUGCCAACGAAUUUCUCGUGGAAGAUUAUGCGUUACAACGAGAAGCACGACGAUCUAAUCUCGUCGGAUAUCGACGAGAUGAGGAAGCGUACACCUCCACAAGAUAAACCAGAUGGACAGCACAAGGCAUUAAUCAUAGAGAUGUGUUUGAAGUCCAGCAAUUACGCCACAAUGGCACUGCGUGAAAUUUUAAAGAAAGACACCUCAGCAGAAACGCAAGCUGCGCUGUCCGCUUCUCAUUGUAUGGAAACUACGCAGCUGCAUGCAGAAAAGAUAACAGAUGAAUCUGACAGUGCAGAUUUGACAGAAUCUGACAAGGCAGGAGAGAAUCAUGACAUAAAAUUUCAUGAAGACUUUACUGACGCAAAAAAGGACGAAACGAUCGGACUAAAUGAAGCAGAAGAUUCUGUCUAGCUGUGACAUAAACGUUAAAGAUUACUUUUCUAAACGCAAUAAAUCAGAAUUAUAUAAAGUUUGCAUAUAUUUC